AUGAAUCUGAACCUGAAUCUGAAACUGUAUCUGGAGGAGUCGGUACCUGGGCGAGAGGGCUGGCAAUCCGCGGAGAUAGAGGACGAUGUUGAGAUAGACGUGUCCAGCAGUCGCUGCCAAAUCAUCCUCUCCAGUCAGACAGUGAACAACAUGGAUAGUCAUCGAUUCGCUCCAUCCAUCAGGUACGCCGUGAAUUUCACCAGGCCACCGGGUUGGCAGAUGGGUCAGGAGGAGUUCAUGGAGCACAGCGACAUGUGCAUCUUCCAGCGACGACCACCAACGUCGGUCUUUGUCCUUUACGGCCUGGCCAUUCCCACGCUGUCCGCCUUCGGUCUCUGCACGAACUUCAUCAAUGCCGUGGUCUUCAUGAGACCCAAGAUGACUCCGUCUGCCUUUAGCUAUCUAGCUGCUCUAUCCUGCAUGGACUGCAUCUCCUGCCUGCUGAUCACAAUGACCGCUCUGUCGCGGAGCUACUUCUACAUGGAUCCCGUCUGGAAUGCCUAUGACUAUCAGUGGCAGACGCCACUCUUUGGCAUCAGUACGGGAGCGGCGAACCUGAUCCUGGCCUGCCUGAGCCUGGACCGAUUUAGCUAUCUGUCCAGCUUCAGGAACAAUGGAGGAGCGCCUCGCUUUUGCCGACGCAAGGUGGCUCGAUACAUGAUCGGCAUGGCCAUCAGCAUUUCCAUAGUGGUUAAUAUGCCAUAUUUUUUCGUUUUCUAUCUGGGUAGUGAUGGAAACUGUUAUGUCACCGACUUUUACUACUCUAAUUUCUACAAGGUUCAAAACUGGUUCACCUUUGCCCUUUUGGCCCUCUUGCCGGCCAUAUUCCUGCUAAUCGGCAACACGGCAAUUAUUAUAGCCUUUCGCAAAUGGACAAAGCAGAGUCGACUGUGCAAUGCCGGUACUGGAGAUAAUCGCACGACAGCAAAGCGAUAUAAGCACCAAAUGAAACUAACCAUUAGCAUUGUGAUUGUGAUUACCUUGUACUUAGUUGGAGAACUCCCAGCUCAUAUGACUUCCAGAAAGAGCUCGCUGAACCUGAUCUUUGGCGGCGAUACCAACAAGGUUGAUGAGUCUUUUAUGGAACAGUUGGAGGUGAUCUGCAUAACGCUAAAUGCUCUUCAGUUAUCCCUGAAUAUUGUGGUAUAUGCUGUGAUCAAUCCAUCCUUUAUGCCGGAGUUUUUUCUGCUCCUCAAGGGAACCUCCGAUGUCUGCAUUGGUCUGUGCUGUUUCCGGGCUCUAGUUCGGAGUUGGAGGCGCUGUCAGGCCCGGGGACAGCAGCAUGCCACGGCAGAGGAGCGAGUGGUCAGCGGGGUGGCACCCCAGCAUCUGCCGGCGGACGAGGCGCUGCCCUGCGGUUGUGAGAGUUGGGCCAGUGACUCGGGCUGCAAGAACGAUGCCCAUUGCAAGAUAGCCGUGGGAACAUUUACCAUGGUCAAGGACUCUGUGCAGGACGAAGAGGUUCUUUCUCACUGCGAGCCGGAGGUCUUCACCACCAGAUCGAGCGCCUGCCUGCACACUAAAGGCGCAGAACCCGAAGAGGAAUCCAUCUUCAAUUCUAGCUUUAUUAUAAUUACUUAA